GAAAUAUCAAAUCAAUACAAUGCAAUUAAGUUGAUCUCCAACAACGAUGAAACAGAAAGUGUUUUGAUCUCGUCGCGCAAAGAUGUACUUCCUAUUCGUUUUGUUUUUGCUGGCAGCAUUAACUUGUUUCACACUCGGGUAUUGGAGAAAAGUUCGUUACUGGCAAAGACGUCAUGUUCCAUGUCCUAGACAACAUUGGUUGUGGGGCAACAUGGAAGGAUAUAAACACCAACGAUCAUUCAAUGAUAUUUUCCAUGAAUUUUACAAAGAAUUUCGCCAAACCACCCUGCCUCUAUUUGGAGUAUAUAUUUUUGUGAAACCUGUAGCCCUGAUAACAGAUCUACAACUGGCAAAACGUAUUCUCACCAAGGAUUUUUCCUACUUUCACGAUCGUGGUCUAUAUCAUAAUCCCGACGAUUUAACGGGUAAUCUAUUCACCCUGGACUAUGACAAGUGGAAAGUUUUUCGCACAAAUCUUUCGCCAAGCUUUACAAGUGGAAAAUUAAAACGAAUGCUCACAACGUUCAUCACAACCAGUAACGUAUUGAUCGAGGUCAUGGAGCAAGAUAUCAUGGGCGGUGACAACAUUUUGGAUAUCAAGGAUCUUAUGUUGCGUUAUACCUUGGAAAUUGUUGGUGCCUGUGGUUUUGGUUGCCAGACACAUAGUCUGCAAAAUCCCAAGGAUCAAUUCUAUCAACUGAUACAGAAUACCUUUAUUGGUGAGAGUAAUGGAACUGUGGAAAAACUUCUAAUACUGGCCUUCCCCAAAGUGGCACGAUUUCUGAAAUUGCAAUAUUUACCAGCAAACAUGAUCAAGUUCUAUACGAAAUUCGUCAAGGAUCUUCUUGAGUCUAGGAAAAAUUCCAAAAUCCAGUAUAACUAUAUAAUUGAUAUUUUGAAUGAAAUGCGGAUUGAAAAGUCUGGAAGAAAGUUAACGCUGAAUGAAAUCACUGCUCAAACGUUGAUAUUCUAUCAAGCUGGCUAUGAAAGUACAGCGUUUACCUUGACGUACACCCUAUAUGAAUUGGCGAGAAAUGGUGAGGUUCAAAAGACAGCGAGAGAGGAAAUAAUUAGUGUUCUGCAUAGGCACAAUAAUCAACUGACCUAUGAGUGUUUGAGUGAAAUGAAAUAUUUGGAACAAGUUUUGAAAGAAAUUCUUCGUCUAUAUCCCGUUUCGCCAUUAAUCAUUCGCCAAUGUUCGGCAGACUACCCUCUACCCACACAUCCCGAUAUUAUAAUAGCCAAAGGACAAAUGGUCAUAAUACCCGCAUAUAGUUUUCAACGCGAUGAAAAUUAUUUUCAUCAAGCGGAAACCUUUAACCCGGACAACUUUGCCGCAGAUCGUUCGGAUAGCUCAUUUCUUUUGAGUUUCGGUGAGGGUCCGCGAAACUGUAUUGGAAUGCGUUUUGCAAAAUUACAAAUGACAGUGGGCCUUAUACUGCUCUUGAGCAGAUUUUCCUUUAGUUUUUGCGACAAAACUGAAAAUCCCAUAGUUUUGACCACCUCAAAAUGGUAUAUAUUUAAAAGUUGAAAAAUACCAACACUGACAAAAAGAUUUUUUGAAAAUUGUUGAACAAUGUUCUGAAGGUAAUGGAGAUAGAUUCUCAUAAUAAUUGUAAUUUAAAGCAACCAUUAUAAUUGUAAUUUAAAGCAAAUUAA